AUGGCGCGACCUGCAUCUCACAUUCAGGUGCCGGAGGACUCAAUGGAGAAAGCAAAGAUCAGGAUACAGAAUAGGAUAAAGAAAGCUAAGAAGAACCAGAAGCCUGGCAAGGAAUUUAUUUGCAAAGAUGAUGUGAAGAACGUUUGGGAAGCGGACGACAUAAGAGCCAUUUUCCCCUCGUCCUCACCCUGGACCCAUGAAGAACUUGGGGAAAUCCGAGAAUACUAUAUCCUCACCAUCUCGAUUUUGGUGCUUAUUGACUGGUCCCAUACGGAAGACUUCCGGUCCGUGUUUUUCGAUUUCAAUGGAGAAGGAGGCCGACGGACGGACGACCGAAUCCCCUACCCAACCAGUAACGCCUUGGCGUUCCUUGGAGCCUCUCAACAGAUAUUCUACGAUACGCAGUGGCAAUUCAAGCCUUUCGUUAUCAAACUCCGCAAGGAGACCUACCAUCAGACGGUGGAUGCCUUAGCGCGGUUGCCUUUUAUAGAAGACGAAGUCAUUCUAGGCUGCGGCGGGUUUGGGAAGGUGCAUAAGGUCAAAGUCUCCCGGUUCCAUCUCGAAGAUGUUGGCGGCUAUACCAAUCAACAGGAGAAAGAGCUUGCCUGCAAACGCUUUGAGUUCAAUCAGAGCGAGGAGAAUUUCAAAAAGGAGGUCGACAACCUUCAAGUACUCAAGGAAAGCCUCUCACAGAGAAGUAAGACCGUAAUGUUACAUCUGGCGACGAUCAUUCAUGGGAAAUCUUUCAGCAUCCUUUUCCCGGUUGCUAAACAUCACAACCUUGAGAUCUUCCUUAACGAGGGUUAUGACAGAGGCAAUGGUACAGCUAAUGAAGAGAAGGUCUACGACUUUGAGCAAGUUUUUCCCAGAUACACUGGCAAAGACCGUUUUGCAAGCGUUCUUUGGGAGAUGUGGAAACUUGUCGACGCCUUGCUCUGGCUUCACGAGCAGCUGACAGUCAAGGAUCGACCAGGGCUUUGCUGUGCUCACAUGGAUUUCAAGCCAGAGAAUAUCCUCAUUGACGAAGAUACUAAUAGCCAGGUUGGAAGAUGGAUGAUAACUGACUUCGGCAUAUCUGUAUUCAAAAAGCUCAACCUAGAGGAUGAUGAUGCCGAGAAAGAGGUGGAUCCCGGGGUGAGAACAGUGGGAGACCUAGGCAUCAAACUCACGACCCCCAAGACUCAAACUAUAAACGCCCAGGUUAAGCAGGAGGGAACUUAUCAACCACCAGAAGCUCACCGAUCGGGAUCAAGGCAUGUUGGUCGUAAAAGUGACAUGUGGUCCUUUGCAUGCGUUCUGAUGGUAGUCCUGACGUUUGCUCUGGGCGGAGCUAAGUUGUGCGAUGAGUUCCGGGAAGAAAGAGCUCGAGGGCAGAAGAACGAUUAUUUCUACCUCGAGAAAAAGGGAGUGAAGAAAGGAAUUGAGAAUGAUCUGAAACCCUCGGAAAUCACUUUGUAUUUAUCUGCCAACAAAGAGGUGGAAACAUGGUUAUAUAGGCAAGCUGAGAAGCACCAGACAGAGGCUCAUUGGCUAAGACAAUGUGCCGACCUCGUUGCACAGAUGCUUCGGAUUGAACCAAAAGAACGACUCUCCGCCAAGCAGGCUAAUGCUAAACUGCGGUCCAUAUACCACAAGGUCGAAAACCCACUCCCUCUACCCAUGAGUGAGGGAGAGCGAGCAGCUCCCUCGUCAUUCACCAAUUGCACGUCAAACCUCGAAAUAGGUGUACGUAUACGGGAAUUGGACGACUCUCCGGACAUGUCUAUAUCAACUGAGGAGCUUUCGAAGCCAUUCCCAUCCGCCCCUACGUUAACACUACCUCGCUCCUUGGAGCCAACUACGCCCAUCCCAACCCGUCUUGGUCGAAUGAUACACAGUCACACUUCUUCAAUAGAGAGUAAUGGGGUCGUCACCCUUUCCAACGUGGCAGGAAUCCGGGUAGACGAGCCAAGAACUUCAAACGAGCAGGAUCACAUUCAUCAGAGCCCACCAAGUCUCUCCGAUCGUACUUCGGAAGCAAGUCAAGAUCGCCAUUCUUCAGAGAUCGGAACACCGCGGUAUUACCCUCCAUUCCCGAGUCCCUCUUCUCGACACUCUUCUGUGAACUGGCUCCCGAGAAGCACAUCGUCUCCGUCAAAGCAUAUCUUCUUGUACGAUCUCAGCUCCUCACGAGAGGUCGAUCUCCCAAGUACGAUAUGCGCGAAGGACAUUUCUGGUGUACUGGUCUCAAAGAAGGGUCUCUUUGGAUUUGUAGCAGCCAAUUCUGUCAAUUUGAAGGACUCGAGCGACACCGAUCUUGACGGUGGAGAGCAACUACUCCAUUAUGAAGGACAACGCAAAUUUCGGUUCUGA